AUGGCGACACACGAACGACGAAGAUCUGAAUCAACAGGAUGGCCAAACUAUAAACUUAAUCGGCCAGCCACUCACCCUCCUCCCCCUUCGUUAACACUCGAAAGGACAAUAAAUUUAUACCCUCUGAACAACUAUACUUUUGGAACCAAGGAGCCCUUAUAUGAAAAAGACAGCUCUGUGCCUGCCAGGUUUCAGCGCAUGCGAGAAGAAUUCGACAAAAUUGGCAUGAGGAGAUCAGUCGAGGGAGUUCUGAUUGUGUAUGAGCAUGGUUUGCCUCAUGUCCUACUUCUUCAGCUGGGAACAACAUUUUUUAAGUUGCCUGGCGGAGAGCUGAGUGCUGGAGAGGACCAAGUGGAGGGGUUGAAAAGACUGUUGACUGAGACUCUAGGUAGGCAGGAUGGGGCACCGAUGGAUUGGGUCAUUGAAGAUACAAUAGGCAACUGGUGGAGACCAAACUUUGAACCAUCACAGUAUCCCUACAUACCAGCCCAUAUUACUAAACCCAAAGAGCACAAACGACUCUUCCUGGUGCAGCUGCCUGAGAAAGCCCUGUUUGCUGUCCCCCGUAACUACAAGCUGGUGGCAGCUCCAUUGUUUGAGCUGUAUGACAACGCCGCAGGUUACGGACCCAUCAUCUCUAGUUUGCCACAAGCUCUGGCUAG